AUGUGUUUUUUUGGACUGUUAUCACUUUUACGAAAACUACGAUCCGCACCGGAGAAGGAACUGCGAAUACUGCUGCUCGGACUGGAUAAUGCCGGCAAGACCACGCUACUCAAGCAGCUUGCCUCAGAGGAAGUGACGCAAGUUACCCCGACUGCCGGUUUCAACAUAAAGUCCGUGGUAUCGGAAGGCUUCAAGCUGAACGUGUGGGACAUUGGUGGACAGAGCAAAAUACGACCGUACUGGAAAAACUAUUUCGAAAACACCGACGUGCUGAUCUACGUGAUUGAUUCAAGCGAUCGGAAACGAUUGGAGGAAACGGGCGACGAACUGACCGAGCUACUGCUGGACGAUAAACUGAAAGCCGUCCCAUUGCUCGUGUUCGCCAACAAGCAGGACAUUGUCGGGGCACUGAAAGCGUCCGAAAUUGCCGAGUGUCUUAAAUUGGUCACGCUACAGGACCGCACCUGGCAGAUACAAGGAUGCAGUGCCAUACAGGGUACUGGCGUUAAGGACGGAAUGGACUGGGUAUGCAAAUGUAUUAAAAAAUAAUUGUUCCAAUCGCAGUGAAUUUCCAUUUCGUCACUUCUUCGCACAUCGUUGGCGCACACAGACGCCGAUACCGCCGUUUCCCAUAUCGUGCAAUA